AUGCGGCCCGAUGACAUUAACCCAAGGACUGGGCUGGUGGUGGCCCUGGUCAGUGUCUUCCUGGUCUUUGGUUUCAUGUUCACUGUCUCUGGGAUGAAGGGCGAGACGCUGGGGAACAUCCCCCUUCUGGCCAUCGGGCCGGCCAUCUGCCUACCAGGCAUUGCAGCCAUUGCCCUGGCCAGGAAAACCGAGGGGUGCACUAAGUGGCCCGAGAACGAGCUGCUGUGGGUGCGCAAACUGCCCUGCUUCCGGAAGCACAAGGACAAGGAGGUGGUGGAACUGCUGAGGACCCCUUCAGACCUGGAGUCCGGCAAGGGGAGCUCCGAUGAGCUGGCCAAGAAGGGGGGCCUCCGGGGGAAGCCGCUCCCCCAGGGGCAGAGUGAGGUGCCCAUGGCCAGCUCCAUCACUACCCCUACACCCACAGAGGAGGGGGAAUGCCAGAGUCUGGUCCAGAGUGGGCAUCGGGAGGAGACAUCCAGAUACCUGGAUGGCUACUGUCCCUCAGGCAGUUCCCUCGCCUACAGUGCCUUGGACGUCAAGGGCUCAGCCUGGGACAGAUCCAACUGCCCGGAGCCGGAGGACAGCAUCUUCUUUGUGCCCCAGGACAGUAUCAUCGUUUGCUCCUACAAGCAGAACAGCCCCUAUGACAGAUACUGUUGUUACAUCAAUCAGAGCCAAGGCAGGUGGGACCAUGAGACCAUAGUCUAA